AUGCCAUUUGGGUUGAGUAAUGCACCAGCAGUUUUUCAGGAGCUGAUGAACAUAGUUCUUCAAGGACAAGAAGAGUUUGCUAUCGCAUACCUGGAUGACAUUCUUAUAUUUUCAGAGACACCGGAAGAUCAUCUUCGUCAUAUUCAAGACGUUUUCAAUCGCCUAAGAAAGCGUGGACUAAAAAUGAAGCUAAAGAAAUAUCUCUUAUCCAGAUUACCGACAGUCAACCUGGAGUGUGAAGAGAAAGAACAAUCAGAGCAUGAUGAACCAGAUGUUAAGGACAAUUUCUUUGAAGUUAACGUACUUAACUCCAAUGCCUUUUCGCCUAAGAGAUUGGCCAGAUGUGAAGUUAAGCAACACGACGAAUUGGUCAAACCCUUUAUUGAUCUACCAGAAGGAAUUAACAUCAAAGAAAGUCAACAACACGAUAAGCAGAUAAAGAAACUGAAGAAUCGGUUAAAUAAAGGAACAGCAACGGCAACCGGAGAAAAGAGGUUUCUGGAAAUUGAUGGUUUAAUGUACUAUCUUUCAGAUGGAGACUCAGAAGGCCCAAGACUUCGCCUGUAUGUACCACGUGAGUUAGAACUUUUAGUAGUGCAGCAGUAUCACGACGGACUUGGACAUAUGGGAGUGGACAAAACAUAUGACGUAAUCAGACAAAAAAGGAGAUAUGCGGGAGAAGACCAACACAAGAUCGCCCUACAAGAACAACAUAAAGCUUUCCUGCUAGUACAUCGUAAUAUGAAGGAAGCCAAGAAGAACAAGAAAGCUCAGGCCGAUAAGAAAAGCAAAGACGAAAAUUUUCAGACUAACUAUGUGGUGCCACCAGAAGAUGAAUCAUUGUCGGAAGACGACGACAUGCAACCAGAACCAUUAGAAAGAGCUAUACAGUACAAACAAUGGGAAAGGGAAGAAUCUUCAGACGAAGAGGAUAUACCCCUCGCAGAACUUCAGAGACGUAUAAGAGCUAAGAAGAUCAUGGAUGAUCAGCAGUAUAAACACGAAAAUGAUCAGACCGUAGAUUCAGAAUCGGAUGAGACCCAUGAGUCAAAACAAUGUGAUGAAAAUAGUGGUCAAGACUAUGAAAUACCCUUAGAUAACCAAAAUGUACUCUAA